GGACCCAUUAGUAUUACAUCACAAAUUUAAAACUCACAGCAGCUCUCAGAGCCCCUCAUUACAGCUGCAGGACUUGCUGCAGAUCUCAAGGUGAACUCAGGUGAACUCUGCAGGUUUUGUCAAAACGACGAGCGAAGAUGAACACAAUGUUCCUGCCUCUUCUAAUGCUCUCCUGCUUCACAAUGGGAUGGGCCAACCGAGUCUACGUCCACCCCUUCUACCUCUUCAGCUCAGAAAACAUUAGCUGCGAGGUCAUCCAAAGUAAGGACCCUAAACCUUUAGAGACCAUGCAUCCUCUGACUCCUGUCCAAGACAGCAUUCAGCCGGACCCUCGACCUGGUACUGGCCCAGAGGCCCUGAAGAACCUCACUCUUCGGACAGGUGUGCUGGCGGAGCUGCAAAACUCUCUGGGCCUGAGGAUGUAUCUGACCCUCAGUAGCAAUCAGAAGAACGGCAACGUCCUGCUGUCUCCAUACAAUGCUUUUGGUGCCCUGGUGACUCUGUACCUCGGGGCGUCAAAGAAAACGGCCGUUCCCUAUCAGCAGUUGCUGGGACUAAACCAGGACUCUGGGCGAGAUGACUGUGUAUACCUCAUGGAUGGCCACACAGUUCUACGCACACUUCAGGCCAUCAACUCGCUGAUAGAGGGCCCUCAGGAUGAGCUCAGAACUGUGGUUUGGACCUUUGUGAAAAGUGAUGCAGACCUCUCCAAAGACUUUAUGCUCGGCAUGCAGGACUUCUCAGAUGCUUCAUUCGUUCGAGCGGUGGACUUCUCCAAGCCCAAAGAGGCUGAGGCACAGGUCAACUCCUUCAUCCAGAAAACAUCAGACAGCAAGGUCGAGAACCUCUUCACAAACAUCAACCAGUCAUCCAACCUGCUGUUUGCAAGCUCUGUAUGCUUCAAAGGCAACUGGAAUACAGCUUUCAAGCCAGAGAAGACCACUAUGCAAGACUUUAAAGUUGAUGAGUAUUCCACAGUGAAAGUACCUCUAAUGACGCACACCGGCAACUAUAUGCACCUUAAUGACCCUGGAAGGAAGUGCUCUGUAGUCAAACUCACCCUCAGCAAGCGGACCUACAUGCUGCUGGUUCUGCCCCACGAGGGAGCCAAACUGCAGGACAUUGAAAAUCACCAGCUGACACAAGUUAUAUCUACAUGGAAUAAAGAGCUAAAGGAGCGAUACCUGGAACUAUCGCUGCCGAAAUUCUCAUUGACGGCUGUGACAGACCUGAGAUCACUGCUGUCUGACAUGCAUGUUGAAAAAGAACUGCUGGGGUCUAAGGCCAGCUUUGAAAGACUAAGCAGCACAGAGAAUUUCACUGUUGAUAAGGUGUUCAAUAAGGUGCUGUUUGAGAUGUCUGAAGAAGGGUCAGAAGAUCAGAGCAAGCCUCAGGAUGACAGAGCUCCCCUUAAACUCACUGUUAACAGACCCUUCUUCUUUGCCAUUGUGGAGGGCAACUCUAACGCCAUCCUCAUGCUGGGAAAGAUAAGGAACCCGACCGUGUAAAGAACAUCACUGGUACAAUGUGUAUUUAUGAGAAAACCAAACAACAGCUGCUCUUUUAUCUGCUUUAAACUCAUUACAAUAGAUUGUUGCUGUUCAAUGAAAAACAAAAGCAAAAAAAGCAAAUUUACAGAAGAGAAACAAAAUAUUCUUAACUUUCAAUGGAAGUCAAUGUAAAAAGUGUUUAUUCAGGCCAUUUUGGAGAAUUUCUAUUGGUCCAUUCACCAAGAAAUUUUGACAAGAAAGUUGGACAGCGACAAUAUACACUAUAGGGACAAAAGUAUUGGGACAUCUGUCCAUUCAUUGUUUCUUCCAAAACCAAGGGUAUAAAAUAGUUUAUCCUACUGUACUUUCCUAGAAAGGCCUUGUACUAGAUUUCAGAGCAUUGCUGUGAGGAUCUGUUUGCAUUCAGCAACUCAAGUAUUAAUAGCUGAAUGCAUUCAUUAGGGCGUGUCAACAAACAAAUUUGUUUUUCCUGUUGCUUUUCAUUUUGCUGACAAUAUUCUUUACUUACUGUAUUUUUAGGAUUUACAUUAAAUAAAUAAAGGGUGGAUUUACUUAUUUUUUGCACAAUAAAUGAUUAGAAUUUA